AAGACGACAACUGACAUUUCUUUCAUUCAGUCAACAAACGACGCUAUUUUGAUUUCAAUCGCAUAUCCAAUCGUGUAUUUGUAAGAAAAAAUGCUGUGAAUUUUAUAAUUUAGUGCUAAUAUAUUUUAUAACUUAAUUUCUGUUAUUGUGUUACUGUUGUAAUCUAACCAUAAAAUGACUGGGAGAGCUAAAAAGGCCGUAGCGCCAAAGAAAAAGGCAAAUGGAUAUAAAAUGCCAGCUCCUAUUGCUACUGGCGAAAUAAUACAUGAUACUACCAUGAAGAAGAAAUGGCGCAUUGGACCUUCCAUAGGGGUUGGGGGCUUCGGAGAAAUUUAUUCUGCAUGUGAUCAUGAUAGUACGCCGAAAGGUUCCAACUAUCCUUUCGUCGUUAAAAUUGAACCUCAUGAAAAUGGACCAUUGUUUGUGGAGAAACAUUUCUACAUCAGAAAUGCCAAAAUGGAUGACAUAAACUCAUUCAUGAAAAGCAAGAAGCUGUCAAGCCUCGGGAUGCCCUCUUAUUACGGCAAUGGUUCACACGACUACAAGGGAGAGAAAUACCGAUAUUUGGUGCUGGAGCGCUAUGGCAAAGACCUGUGGAGUCUGUUCACUGACAGCGGGAGGUCUUUCCCAGCGCCCACUGUGUUUCAAAUUGGUUUGCAGAUGUUGGACGUAUUAGAGUACAUCCACAGCCGGGGCUACGUCCACGCCGAUAUCAAAGGCGCCAACAUCCUUCUAGGGCUGAAGAAAGGCACGGAAAACCAGGCGUACUUAGUAGACUUCGGCUUGGCCACCAGAGUUAAUGAUAAAGAGUUCAAACCUGACCCGAAGUGUGCGCAUAAUGGGACUAUAGAGUAUACUAGCAGGGAUGCGCAUUUGGGAGUGGCCACAAUGCGCGGGGACCUUGAGAUCCUCGGCUACAACAUGCUGCAGUGGCUGGUCGGAGCCCUGCCCUGGGAGAAGUCGCUCAAACAGCCCAAAGCUGUUCAGGAGAUGAAGGAGGCCUUCAUGAAGAGUGUGAAGACGAGUGUCGCUAAGAUGAGCGGCAAUGUACCUGAUGCCCUAAUAAAAUUCUUCGAAUACAUAAACACGUUGAAACCCAAAGAAGUGCCGGACUACGCGAAAUGCCGCCAAAUCUUCGAAACCUACCUCAAAAGCCAGGGCGUCACCAGGAACAGUAAACUCAUCUUCACUCCCACCAAGAAAGCCAAAACUACUAAAACCAUCACCAUUGAUGAAAGUGACGAGGAACCUUUAAAGAAAUCGCCGAAGAAGAAAACAGAAGCUAAAGUGGUUAAAAGAAAGAAUCCCAAACCUAAGGAACCUAGCCCUGAAGAAAACGGAGAAAACGAGGAACCCAAGGUAUCAGAAAAGAAGAAGAAAGCUAAGAGAAAGUCAUCAGAACCCUCACUUCUCGUCAAAGUUAAGAAACCUAAAUUAACUCCUAAGGCCACACCGCCUGUUAAGAAAAAUCACACAAACAUAGCGACGCAAACAUCUUUAGAGAAAAGACGUAGUCCCCGUGUGGUUUCCUUCGAUAGUCCUAUAAGUUUAGUAAUAGGAGAGAAGAUACCUUUAAAGAGAUCUAAAGAGAAUCAGCCUAAGAAUACUAGCGCUGACAUGUUCGAGGAUUCUUUUGAGGAGAAAAAGCCUAAGAGGAAAGAGAAAAUACUUCUGUCAGAUGAGGAGUAUACGGAAAAGAGAGUAGUAAAGAAGAAAGUGACUACAGUGAAGCCUAAAGGGAGAUCGUGGAAAGAUGCCCCGACUGUUAUGAAUGGUCGGUCGCCACCCAAGUAGUAAAAUAGUCAACAAACUGAAUGACUGGUGACUUAGCUUUUUUUACAAUGAUUAAUAUUUAUCAUUGGAGUAUGAAAUUUUUGAUCAUGUCGAGGCCCUUGUAACAGAUCAAAUCAUGUCGAAUUGAUGCAAUUCGACCUUAAUUACGCGAGUGACCCUUUUAUAAUACAUUAUGAUCAACCAUAGACUAGGAAUCCUCUAGACCGAGUUUAGAGCAAUUAUUUCAUGCAACCGAUGCCAAAAAUGCGGGGGUGCGCGGGAUGAGGUGAGCGAAGUCCCGUGCCGUGAUUAGUCCGUUCAAAGACACGGACGUCACACAAAGACACUUUCGACUCGAACAUGGAGUAAAAUUACCGUAUGCGUGGCAGAGGGGGUAGCGCGACUAUGCUCAGUCUGGAGGAUGUUUUGUCUGUGUGAUCAACGAACGAAUAUAGUAGACUGUGACGACCCAAAAAGUGAGUCCGUAAGAGAAGUCAAAAGGAGAAUGGGCAAUUUGUCCCAUGGAUGUAUACUAUUGAGACAUACCUCUUUUGAAAGGGCUUACACAUAGCAUUAAUUUAUUGUAUGACACCAACUUUGGAUAACGUGCAGGGACUGAGCUAUUUAAAAAAAAGUGUGACGCAUAUAAACUGGUUUUUGGAGUAUACUUGUUAUGUAGCUAGUUGUUAGGUGUUUUAUAUGAAAGACCAUGAGAAAUGGUACACUACUGUGUACCAAUACCUACGUUUAAGUACGUAAAGGGCUGGAAUUAAUUGAUAAAAGUUAUGCUUGAAUUAAAAAAACUGUAAUUAAACACUUAAGCUUGCUUGUAUACACAAGCCAUAUAUAACAAUUAAAAGCCAUUUUUAUAAGGUAUUUUUAGAAACGUAGACUUACACUUAAAUGCUUGCAGGGGCGGAGAUAUAACUAGUUUAUUAAUUAAUUCAUUGUGGUAAAUGCCGCUUUGAUUGUUCUACCUGACACUAGAUGGAGCUUUUGUAGCAGAAUAGGCAUUUUUACAAUUGUUAUACAUAAAUGAAACAUAUAUUAUUUGGAAGGUGUUAACUUUAGCAUUAAUUUAUUAUAGGACACCAUAGGCCGAAAGUAUCCAGGGAAUAUACUAUUAAUUAUUUUGAUCAUGCACUGCGGCGUAAGUUAGAACUAAAAAAUGUCACUCAUCUAGGGUUCCUUUUCUAACUAUUUACAUCACUUCGCAUGACUGUAAUAUAAAGUUAUUGGAUUUCGUAAAUAAUUACGGGUAUAAAACUUAUAUUUUCGUAUAUAAUCAAGUCGCACUAAACAACUUACGUCUGUAUUUUCAAAUCCUCUCUAGUACUGACAUCUUGCGUGCAAUAGAAGAACCAAAUAAGCGGCAAAUGCUGUAUCCACAUAGUCGCAUUUAAACGCUCUAAAAUAUCACUGAGAACUAAGAAUUCACGACAUCACAAGUUUGUUUAAACCUGAAUGUUGACAAUAAAACGAGAGGUCACCAUGAACAGCGUAAGUUUCAUAUAUUUGUCUCAUUUUGUUGUUCUUACAUAUUCGAGUGAUAAAUCAAGAUAAACCAGACAUAAGUUUCGAAGUUUGCGGUGGGGAUAUAAUCUUGGAGGUCAGGCUAGGCUAUAGAACCUAAAGUCAGUCCAGUCCAGAUGAUCAGGAAAAAAAUUGCCGUCAAUCUCAUGUAGCGUCCAAGAAGGUACUUGAUUUAUCUCUCUGCAAGAAAAUGUAAGUAGCUAGUGAAUUAUUAGAGCCGGUACAGACGGACUGCAACCCGACUGCAACUUGUAAAGGAACUGCACGCCAACUGCAACGUUGGCGUGCAGUCGGUGUGCAGUUUCCAUACAGAUGGUACUUAGUCGGUUUGCAGUAGGUACUUGCAGUCCGCCUAUAUCGGCCCUAUGAGAUAGCGUUGCGAGUCGAAGGUGCGUUUCUUUCAUUUGCCUUAAAAAGCACGAUAAAGUGGUAGCUGUAUGACAUAAAGAAUAUAAGUCGGUAUAUAUAAUUAUA